AUGGCCGUUAAGGACAGAGAUCGUCCUCAGGGUCUCUACAGCAAGGAACAUGGGGGGCUGUACUGGACUGGACCCUUGACGCACGAAAGCAGGAUGACGCCGGAGGGUUUUCACCGGUUUAUGUCUAAUACGCUGAUAUCUCAUGGAUCUGAACAGGAUUUCCAAAACAUUCAGAGGUCUUGGCGAUGCUGGGGGCAAAGGCAAGCAAAAGGAUUGGGUAAAGGUGAUGACGGCGCUGGGGUUUGGAGUCGAAUGAUGUGGGGCAAGGAUCAUGAGGCUUCUCAAGAUGCUGCUACUACUACGACAGGAUGUCCAUAA